AUAAAAUCCUUUUUUCCAAAUUUUGUCAAUUUAGAGCCAUAAUUCUUCAAUUGUAUGAACAACCAGGCAGAGAGAGGUGGUGAAGCUUUCGAGGAUAUGGGUUUUGCCCAUUUGUAAACAGCGUAGCGUAGGCCAUUGAGUGGGCUAUGAAACUCGAAGGGUUUUGAUCACACGCCAAAAUCUCUCAUGCCCAUUUUGAAAAUCAAAGUGCUUGUGGUUACUCUUGCUACCAUUGGAGACACUGCAAACUACGGGAAUCUCCCAUCUCCAUCAACAAGUUGGAAAACUCAAAUCUCUUAGAUUCCUCACUGAACCUUAUAUUCCCAUUUACUCAGUUUUUGGAGAUUCAAGCUCUGAAGUUUUUCCGAAUUAAAUUAGCAGAUUGAUAGAUGGCUUUGAGGCGUUUUUUGGGAUUCUCAGAUGUUGAGCUGAUGAGGGCAGAUGCUAAACCUUGUUCCAGACUAAUGAGGCAGACAGCUGGAAUUUUUUCUUUUGGAGGAGCAUUAGGAUUCUGGAUUCUCUGUAGGUUGCAUUAUGGUCCUAGAAUUACAGUUCCUAAGAGCCUUCGCUGGGCUAUUUGUGGUGCUAUUUCUGUGGGUUCAACCUCUGCUCUCCUGGUCCGUCUUUUCAGCCCUGAAUGUGAACCCCAGAAUAUAGCUGCUUAUGACAAAAUAAAACAGUGAUACAUCACUAAUAAGGUUGAAACUAUAAUGUUCAAAAUGCGCCCAUCUAUCCUUUAUCCUAUUAUAGAUUUCCUUUGUUGACCGUCAAAACUAUUUGAUAUAGUGGCUGUUUGUGUAUAACUUGAUGUGUACUUCGUCCUGAGAAGGCUUUGUGGAAAAGUUAGCAUUGUCUGAGGAUUUGUAGUCCUUAAUUUAUCAAUAGCCGUGAAUAUUUAGCA